AUGGGUAAAGUAACCGUUGGUGGACAUUGGUUAGUCGAAGAAAAAAUCGGCGAGGGAUCCUUCGGCGAGGUCUUUCGAGCCGUUCACGUAAAAACAAAAGAACAAUGCGCUAUUAAACGAGAGCUUAUAACCGAGGAGCAUCCACAAUUACCACAGGAAGCCGAAUUUUUAAAGAUGUUAGAAGGCCCAAAUUUUAUUCCGAAAGUCCAUUGGUUUGGACAAGAAAAAUUAUAUAACGCGCUCGUCAUGGAUUUACUUGGCCCAAACAUGAGAUUGAUACAAUAUGUGACUAUAUUAGAGCACGUACAUAAAAAAGGAAUUGUAUACCGGGAUGUAAAGCCAGAUAAUUUUCUUCUCGAGCGAGAUUUUGGAAUCUCGAUUAAGGAACUUGAGAAAUGGGAUUCCGAAAAUUCGCCUAAACCAUUAGAAGACUAUCGUCCUCUUCUUGGUAGAACACAUAAGAUAAGCCUUGUUGAUUUUGGCUUAUCUACGUUCUACAUUGACAAAAGGACGAAAAGACAUGUACCAAGAAAGCAACCUCCAACAAAGUACAAAACAGGGACUGCUCGUUAUGCCGCAAUUGGAGUUCAUCAUGGAUUACCACAUGCACGUCGUGACGAUUUGGAGUCUCUUGGAUAUGUUAUUUUAGAAAUGCUUCGUGGAACACUCCCAUGGGCUGGCGUAACAGCUCGCAAUGCGAUAGAAGGCUGGGCCAAGAUGUUGAAAAUGAAGUCGAACAUACCAUUGGAAGAUUUAUUUGAAGGGGUUCCUCGAGGAUUCAUGGAUUAUCUUCAAUACGCGCGAGGUCUAGAUUUUGAACAGGAACCAGAUUAUAAUUAUGCGCGUAAUUUGUUAAUGUCGUACGUAAUGAGGACAUGA